GUCGGUCGGCUAGAGCGCCCCCCGCGCUCGGCCCGCCACGCCACGCCCCGCCCCGCCCCAGCCCAACCUCCCAACAUGGCGCAGUCGGUGAACAUCACGGAGCUGUCGCUGCCGCAGCUGGAGCUGCUCAAGAACCAGCUGGACCAGGAGGUGGAGUUUCUGUCCUCGUCCAUCGCGCAGCUCAAGGUGGUUCAGACCAAGUAUGUGGAGGCCAAGGAGUGUCUGAACGUGCUGAACAAGAGCAAUGAGGGGAAAGACUUACUCGUCCCAUUGACCAGUUCUAUGUAUGUUCCUGGGAAGCUACAUGAUGUGGAGCAUGUUCUGAUUGACGUAGGAACCGGCUACUAUGUGGAGAAGUCGGCAGAUGAUGCUAAAGACUUCUUCAAGAGGAAGAUUGACUUCCUCACUAAGCAGAUGGAGAAAAUCCAGCCAGCUCUUCAGGAGAAGCACGCCAUGAAGCAGGCUAUCAUGGAGAUGAUGAGCCAGAAGAUUCAGCAACUCACGGCGCUGGGGGCGUCCCAGGCGGCGGCAGCCAAAGCCUGAGGGGGGGGCGGGGGAUGGGGCCGAGGGGCGUGUACGGAAUCUCGCAAUAAAUACGCCCGCCGGGACCAGU